GCUCCCGCGCAGGCGCGGCGGCGGCGGCGGCCAUGUCGGUGCAGGAGGACCCGGUGCAGCGGGAGAUCCACCAGGACUGGGCCAACCGUGAGUACAUCGAGGUGAUCACCAGCUCCAUCAAGAAGAUCGCCGACUUCCUCAACUCCUUCGACAUGUCGUGCCGGUCCCGGCUGGCCACCCUGAACGAGAAGCUGACGGCGCUGGAGCGGAGGAUCGAGUACAUCGAGGCCCGGGUCACCAAGGGGGAGACGCUGACAUAGGCCCGGGGCGGUCCCGGCCUCCGCCGCCGGAGCACCGCCGCCCCGCACCCCGCUCGGGGCCCGCCGCCACCGCCGCCGCCUCUGUUCGUGUUGCCAAUAAACCGCUGUGCUCCCGCCCUGCCUGCUCUCUGCGUGCCUCCCUGGGGCCGGGCCGUGGGAUGCCCGGCUCCCUGCCACCGUCCUGGAUGUCUGGAGCCUGCCCUUCCUUCCGCCUGACCCGCGGGGUUUGGGCACACGUUCCACCCCACGCACGGGGGCUGUGCCACAGCAGCCACGGGCCGGGCUGUUGUCAGCUCCUGGAGGCAUCUAAGUGGCUUUUGGGGUGCUUUGCGCUCCUGCUGGGAUUGCAGCAGAAAAUCUGGUGGUCCCUGUGGUCUGGAGGGUGUCUCAGCCUUCGCAUGUGCACGUGUCAGGGCAGUUUGGGGACAGCAUGCUCAUCUGGCGUGGUGCACAUGCCACAGGAGAGGGCCCUUUGCCAGCACCUGAGAAGAGGUGCUUCUCCUCUCAGUGAGGCAAGUGGCAAGGAGAAGGAAGUCUCUCAGCCCUUCCCACCGCUCCUCAGUUUAUCUCAGUUUUUCAGUGGGCAUCUAGAUCUGCAGAUUCACUGCUCAUAUUUAGCAUUUGUUGGGGAGUCCGUGGAAUUGAUGUUAGCAGAAUUUUUAUUGCUUCCCAGGAGGCUUUAAAUGUCUUGGUAUAUUCUCCAACUGUAAUAUUAGGUUUUUCAUAAUGGCAGUGUCAUGCCUGCAGUGUUUACUGAGCACCUGGGUUACUUAAUGUUUGAUACGUGUUUGAGGCUGGCUGACAUCAGGUGGUUCCUUCUUGACACAGGUCCUCCUCUGAGCUCACAGUUUUGUUCUCAAUAGGAAUUUCUGUUUUCCGUUGUUUGAAUAAGUGCUCCUGCAGCUUUUGCCUCAGCUCUCAUGGUUACUGUCAGGUUGGGCUCCACAUCAGGAAAGCUUGGCUGCUUUUGGAGCAUAGUACCUGUGGCAAUGAGUGCUUUGUAGCAGCCCUGCAGUGGAUUGGAACAGCUGUGGGUCACUGCCUGUAGGUGUAGGGGCCAUAUCAAAUCAGACUGCUGUCAUAUAAAAAUUGAUAGAUGGAAGGAAGGCAGCUCUCUCUUGGCUCCAAGGUGGUUGGACAGCUGGAUCAGAUGGAAACAUUCAACAUCUGGGAGGUGACAUCUUCAGAAGGCAACGUUGUGUGAAUGGCAAGAAUUUGCUUGUGGACACGUGAAUAUGUCCGACUCAAUAAUGAACAAAAUUUGCCUGCACUUGGAAGAAAGUGGACAUGGAGCAAUGCAGGCUGAGAAGGCCUUGGGUGUGCUCUCCAUCCUUUCAUCCCCCAGCCUGUGAGAUCAGCUGGGCUGGGACUGGUUCACAGCCCUUGGACAGAGCUGCUGGACAGCAGGAGCUCGCACCCAAAGAAGGCAGAUCCCACUCCCCGCAAACUCCACCAUGGCCGUGAGGUGACACCAGGGCUCUGAGGUCCUCCAAAAGGAAAGAGCCAAGCUACAGCAGAAAGUAGAUCUCUGAAGCCUUCUGAAUGUCGGGACCAGAUGCUGAGUGAACUGGAGACACAGCGUGGUGGGUGCACGUCCCUGAGCCUUCUCCUGAGGUUCAGCAGCCGGGGCCUUUCUCUGCACAUCUGGACACGCCUGGCCCGGCACAGCGGGAAGGGAUCCAUGGCAGCCUGGCUGCCCCGCUGCUGCUUUCCCACCCUGCAGGGCUGUUUCCCAGCCUGGCCUGGCUGCAGCUUCUCCCCAGGCUCUGCAGGAAGGCAUUUGGCAUCAGCUGACAGGGAGCCCAGACUGCACCAUGGGCCGUGCACACCCUGAGAGCCCCUGCAGUUUCACAGUCUCCGGGCAGAUCAGAUGUAGGGGCUGUUUGGAGGCGGGAGGGCCCUGGUGCAGCCCCAGUAAUCUGCCCAUUUAUCAUUUCUAUAUAUCAUUAUCAUUUUUAUAUAUCAAUGAUAAAUAUACCAUUUCUUGUGCUGUCUUUUU